CUCUCGCCGGCGCAGGAUAUUCACCUCUUUGCGACCUUUCCCAACCCUCGAAAAUCCAUCUCCCCCCAAUCCAUUAACAAUGGCUCCCGCUGCUGCUCGUGGUCGCAAGGCCCAGAAGGUUACCCAGAAGUUCAUCAUCAACGCUUCGCAGCCCGCUAGCGACAAGAUCUUCGAUGUCUCUGCCUUCGAGAAGUUCCUCCACGACCGCAUCAAGGUCGAGGGCCGUGUCGGCAACCUCGGUGAGAACGUCGUGAUCUCCCAGUCCGGCGAUGGCAAGAUCGAGGUUGUUGCUCACAUCCCCUUCUCCGGCCGCUACCUGAAGUACCUCACCAAGAAGUACCUCAAGAAGCAGCAGCUCCGUGACUGGCUCCGCGUCGUCUCCACCUCCAAGGGUGUUUACGAGCUCCGCUUCUACAACGUCGUCAACGACGAGGCUGAGGAGGAUGAGGAAUAAGCGUGUCGCUCCUGACAUGUUUUACCUCUUUGCCCUGUUGAUCGAUCGGUUCUAGUCU